GUCAUGGCCCAUUUCUGCGCAUUGAUCCAAUUCAAUCCCAGUUACGCUGCUGGACCGGACGAGGAAGUCUAGAGCUCUUACUAGCUGCCCUGCCAAUCGGAUCUGUCACCACUUCCCCUGUCUGCACUCGUUUGGUCCGACCACCUCUCCCCCCCUCCUCCUCCACGAUGACCUCCCUCUUCUUCUCCACCCCGGUGGACAUCGACGUCGUCCUCGAAGACAGCGAUGAGCGUCAAACGGUGGACGUCAAGCUGGACAAGGGCCGUCGCGAGCGCGUCCCGCUGUAUAUGGAUGGCGAGUCCGUCAAGGGCGCCGUGAUCGUCCGACCCAAGGAUGGCAAGCGAUUGGAACACACCGGCAUCAAGGUGCAGUUCAUCGGGACAAUCGAAAUGUUUUAUGACCGCGGCAACCACUACGAAUUCCUCUCGCUGGUGCAGGAGCUGGCGGCGCCCGGCGAGCUGCAACACCCGCAGACCUUCCCCUUCAACUUCAAGAACGUCGAGAAGCAAUACGAGUCGUACCACGGCAUCAACGUCAAGCUGCGCUACUUCGUGCGGGUGACCGUCUCGCGGCGCAUGCCGGACGUGAUCCGCGAGAAGGACCUGUGGGUUUACUCGUACCGCAUGCCUCCGGAGACCAACAGCCCGAUCAAGAUGGACGUCGGUAUCGAGGACUGCCUGCACAUCGAGUUCGAGUACUCCAAGUCGAAAUACCACCUCAAGGAUGUCAUCGUCGGCCGCAUCUACUUCCUGCUGGUCCGCCUGAAGAUCAAGCACAUGGAGCUGUCGAUUAUCCGGCGCGAGACCACGGGGUCGCCGCCCAACCAGUACAACGAGAGCGAGACAUUGGUCCGGUUUGAGGUGAGUCGUUUGCUAGCCGGGUGUGGGUGAGAGAGAGAGAGCGUGUGUGUGCGCGCUAACAAUACAUUGCAGAUCAUGGAUGGGUCGCCUUCACGAGGUGAGUAUGGCGGGAAGCAUCUAGCCAGCCCAGGGCAAGUUUCGGCUAACACCACACGCUUCCACAGGUGAAACCAUUCCCAUCCGUCUCUUCCUCGGCGGCUUCGACCUGACGCCCACCUUCCGCGAUGUGAACAAGAAGUACUCGACGCGGUACUAUCUUAGCCUGGUGCUGAUUGACGAGGGUAAGUUGUGCUGCGCUGCUGCUACCUACUUCACCCCGCUAUCUACACAAUCCACCACCCC